CUAAUCAAACACUCUCCUGAAAACACUCAAUGUCUCUCUCUGCAAACCCAUUUCUCUCUCUAAACUUUGUCUCUCUGCAAACCCAUUUUCUUGGUCUAAUAUUCUCUCCAAUGGCUGAGGUGGCUCGACCGGUUUUCUGCAAGCUCGCGUCUCAAAAACCAGCGGUUCCUGUUCCGGUUCAGAGGGUGAAGAACUCCAAUGUGUCGUCGGCAUCAUUGACGGGGACGGAUAAGGUGAAAAUCGUGCUACAGCCUCGUCUAUGCACGCUCAGAUUGUACGGUUAUGAUCAGGUGGGGAUGAUGAUGAAGCUGCAGAGGGAGGGUGGUGAUGGUGUUGAUGAUGAGGGCGGUGAUGGGUGUCGUCGUCGCCGUUCUUUGCGACUCUAGAUUCAAGAAGAGUCAGGACUUUGAGAUCAAGUCACUGAAAUAACGGGUUACUGCCCAACGAACGGUCUGAAUCUGAUGCCGUGUUGAUUGUCUGCGCAUUUUCCACUUGUGGAAUGUCUCUUAGAGUCACUACCUUGCUUCUCUGUAAUGAUUAUUUGUGUUUUUUGAAAAUUAUAAUAUAUUUUCUGCUUAGUUUGUUAGAAACUAAACUUGUCAUGGUGACCAUUACUAUAAUCAUUGAAUUAUUGGUUUGUUUAUUUCUUUAAUCCAUAUGCAAUGAUGAUGAAGUUGCUAAA